CUUUCCUUUCCUCUCCCAUCCAAUUUCCCAGGGAAAGAAGGCAAAGGUGCCUUCUGUAGACACUCCUGCUCUCUCCCACCCCCACCUUACAGAUGCAGUAAGAAGCUUCAGGUAAGCAAUGGCAGGCGCUGGUGAGCGCAAAGGCAAGAAGGAUGACAAUGGCAUCGGCACAGCCAUCGAUUUUGUGCUCUCCAAUGCCCGGCUGGUGCUGGGGGUGGGUGGAGCAGCCAUGCUGGGUAUCGCUACACUGGCCGUUAAGCGGAUGUACGAUAGGGCAAUUAGUGCCCCUACCAGCCCCACCCGCCUGAGCCAUUCAGGGAAAAGGAGCUGGGAAGAACCAAACUGGAUGGGCUCCCCCCGAUUGCUGAACAAGGACAUGAAAACAGGCCUGAGCCGUUCCCUGCAGACCCUUCCUACGGACUCCUCGGCCUUUGACAUGGAUACAUUCUGCCCUCCCCAGCCCAAGCCAUUGGCCAGGAAGGGCCAGGUAGACUUGAAGAAGUCACGACUCCGCAUGUCCCUGCAGGAGAAACUUCUUUCUUACUACCGGAACCGGGCCGCCAUCCCUGCUGGUGAGCAGGCUCGGGCCAAGCAAGCGGCUGUGGACAUAUGUGCUGAGCUCCGGAGCUUUCUGCGGGCCAAGUUGCCUGACAUGCCACUUCGGGACAUGUACCUGAGUGGCAGCCUCUAUGACGACCUGCAGGUGGUGACAGCUGAUCACAUCCAGCUCAUUGUGCCCCUCGUGCUGGAGCAGAACCUGUGGUCGUGUAUUCCUGGUGAGGACACCAUCAUGAAUGUCCCUGGCUUCUUCCUGGUUCGUCGUGAGAACCCAGAAUACUUUCCUCGUGGUAGUAGUUACUGGGACCGCUGUGUAGUAGGGGGCUACCUCUCCCCAAAGAUAGUGGCAGACACAUUUGAGAAGGUAGUGGCUGGCUCCAUCAAUUGGCCAGCCAUAGGGUCCCUCUUGGACUAUGUGAUCCGACCAGCACCCCCCCCAGAGGCCCUGACUCUGGAAGUGCAGUAUGAGCGUGACAAACAUCUUGUCAUUGACUUCUUGCCAUCAGUGACUCUUGGCGACACUGUCUUGGUGGCCAGACCACACCGGCUAGCCCAGUAUGACAACCUGUGGCGGCUGAGCCUGCGACCUGCUGAGACGGCACGCCUGCGGGCUUUGGACCAGGCUGACUCUGGCUGCCGAUCUCUGUGUCUCAAGAUCCUCAAGGCCAUAUGCAAGUCCACUCCGGCUCUGGGCCACCUCACUGCCAGCCAGCUCACCAAUGUCAUCCUCCACUUGGCCCAGGAGGAGGCUGACUGGUCUCCAGAUAUGCUGGCCGAUCGAUUCCUGCAGGCCUUGAGGGGACUCAUCAGGCACCUAGAGGCCGGAGUCCUGCCCAGUGCCCUAAACCCCAAGGUGAACUUAUUUGCUGAGCUCACCCCUGAAGAAAUAGACGAAUUGGGAUACACUCUCUAUUGCUCAUUGUCUGAGCCAGAGGUGCUGCUGCAGACGUAGGGCAGGUGAAGGCCAAAGUGGAUGUUGGGCAGUCAGGCCCUAGAUUCUCCAUUAGAAACACUUGGCUGCAUAGUUGGUGCCUCACAGGGUCCCUAGGUGCCUCCUGUCUUGCUGUUCAUCGCCCUGGUCACUUCAUGCUGAUUAGAAUGACAUCUCUUAAUCUUCUAUUUUCUCAAACCCAACCCUUUCUAUUUUUGUUACCAAACACUGUGCUCCCUCCUCCUCCUCUCCCUCUUGCACCAGGCUAAUUUUUCUGGAAUGAAUUGAGAAGAUGGAGCACUGGCCUGAGCUGUUGAAACCAGUUGGCGUUCUGCAUGUGACCCAGGUUUUCUGCUCCUGUCUGUCCGCCUUGCCCUUCAGCCUGCUUCUCUUCAGUGUCUUCUCUCCUUUUCCUCCUGUUUGCGCCUUGUUUUGUUCCUUUCCCUGGAGCACACCUGCCUAGUCAAGAUGUUGCCUUUAGUUGAACGUCACUGAAGUUACGAUUGCAUGUUUCCAAGUGGAACUCUGCAGAGUGGUCACAUAGGAUUUAGGGUUUCUGGGGGUAAAGUGACGGAAGAGCUGGCCUUUGACUCAGGUUCCUGGAAAAGAAGCCCAUUCCCCCGCCCUCCUAACCAACUCAUCCACAGUGCUGAGAACAUCCCUCAUGGGAAUCCUUACUGGCCCACACAGGAGUGAGGGCUCAAGAUAAGGUAGACACAAAGUUAUCUGCAGAUUGUUUCUUAGUGGCCAUCAGUGAGAGUGCAGGGUGGGGGAGCCGGAGGUGGUAAAGGGAGCCUGGGAGAGGGUCUAUGUGCCUGGAGUCUCCGCCUCAUGUGGCUGGUCCAGACCAGCGCCACUGGUAUGCAGGAGUGAGACUAACAUGGGGAGGGAAGGCGCUGCGAGGGCAGCACCUCUGCAUGGGCACUCUUGCUCACCCUUGCCUCGUUGCCGAUUAGGACAAAGCCUUCAAGAAAGCCUUAGCUGUGGAGAUUGGAGGUAGCUUGCCAGGCAGCGGGAGGUCAGCUGGAAGAUCCAGUCACGAGUUGGGGAUUGGUGACCAUGUUUCUCUCCCAUCAGGCCUUGCCUUUCUAGGAUGUUGUCUUAUAGCAAGAACAGGCCUAACAGGAAUGUUAGAAGGCUGUUUGCUGAACUCUGCAGGCACCUCCAGAGGCCAAAUGCCAAGCACAUAUGCUCAGACCUCCCCCCUUCUCUCUCUCACCCAGCACCUGGGGAGAUCGGUGCUACCUAGGAAAAAUGCACAUGGAUAAAAUGCAUAUGAAGGAGGUGGGGACUUCCUACGCUCCUUGUUUCCUGCUGCUAAAAUUGCACUAUUUAUUGCAAUGUAAAACGUAUCCUGAGAGUGGGGAAGAGUUUAAUAACAAGGCCAGUGCAUCUUGUUUUGUGUGUGUUUUUUCCUGUUCGUGGCAAGAGCCUGCUAAUUCUGUUUCUGAUCUGCGCGCGCACCAGUAUUUUGUCGUCCUUCCAUCAAGUGUUGCUGUUCUUCUGUCCUGCUGCCUCUCCACUCAGUGAGAUUCUUGUGAAGCGCUCAGCAGCUGUCUCAUUCCUUCCCAAGGAGUGACAUGAAAUGACUCCAUAAAUAGCAGUGAAACCUCAGCUAUCCUCUGAAUUUAGGGUAGAGAUUCCUGGUCCCUUUUUGUCAUGGAUUAGGGGUUGAGAUCUAGGGUUAACCUUAGCUAUAUUUGGAGAAUCUUCCUGCCUCUCAUAUAUAUGCAAAUGUUCCUUUAAGUGUUUCAGUUGUUUCAUUUGUAUGAAGGUAUUGGGAGAGAAUGAAAAAUAUAAAGCCCAGAACCCUGAGAGGGAUUCUCCAACCUGGCUGUUCAUCAGAAUCAAAUAGGAGUUUUAAAAAUCUCUAUGCCUGAGAGCUGCCCUUGUGAGUGGUGUAGAGGGUUAAUGGGUGGAGCCUGGCAUGGCAUCCAGGAAAGGGGUGAGCUGGUGAAGUACUGCCAAAGCACGGGUUAUUAUUCAUUGAGAUUAAAGGACUUGGUUUUCCCAAUGUAUUAUAAAA